AUGUCUAAACUAAACCGUGGGGAAUAUUUCCUCAUCACCAACGUCUCUUCACAGACAACCGAUAAAUACUACUCUGCUCCUUCUUCCAUCUCUUCGACCUCGCAAGAACAAGCGAUCGACCUAAAUACGCAGUCCUGGAAAUUGCCCUACUUUAUCGCUGAUGAAGAUCUCACGUUUAAUGGUAAACCUCUGAACAAGUUGGUCGAAGAAGAUAGCCUUAGAUGUCUAUAUGGCUCAAAAUUUCAGAUUCGUGGUAGAAGCCGCCAGAAGAAAGAUUAUGGCGUUUAA